CGCUGAGUCGAUUCUGAGUUGGAAGCGCAGCGCAACGGGGACACAGAGAGACGCGGAUCGGCGCUGCCAGGGGACUGGGGAAACCUCUGCUGGAAACUGGAUCUGUGAGUGAGAUUCUGUCUGACCUCGGGACCUACGGAGAGCCCUGAUUCCCUGGGACUACAGCACCUUCUAGCUGGGCUUAUUGCACUUACCUGAGCUGCUGCUGCCUCCUGAGUCGCCGACCCCUAGACGCUGAUACAUGUAUCCCUGCUAAGGGCUUCUAGCUGGGCACCUACCUGCCUUAGAGACCUCUUGGGAAUCCUGGUUACAGAGCAAACAUCUGGUUUCUGUCCAACUACUCCUUUGUGGAUCAGUUACAAAAGAUCAGCUCUUGGGACCAGUAGAGUUCUUCUCUGGACCUCCUACAACUGACCUGGACCUUCUAUCAUUGGAUGACCACUGCCGAGGUCUGACCACUUAUUCCGCAUCAUUAGUGGACCUUCUACUGUCGAGACCUUCUACUGGGGCACCUCAUUGUCGAGACCUUCUACUGGGGCACCUCAUUGUCGAGACCUUCUACUGGGGCACCUCAUUGUCAAGACCUUCUACUGGACCCUGUUCCGGUACCAGCCAUGAGCCAGGCCGAAAUGUCCACCUGCUCCAUGCCCCACACCCAACGGGUCUUCCAGGAGGCCGUGCGCAAUGGCAACACCAAGGAACUGCAUUCCCUCCUGCAGAACAUGACCAACUGUGAGUUUAACGUCAAUUCCUUCGGCCCCGAGGGCCAGACUGCUCUUCACCAGUCGGUGAUUGAUGGGAACCUGGAACUGGUGAAACUGUUGGUAAAGUUUGGGGCGGAUAUUAGGCUGGCAAACAGGGACGGGUGGAGUGCGCUCCAUAUAGCCGCUUAUGGUGGCCACCAAGACAUUGUCCUCUACCUGAUCACUAAGGCCAAAUACUCCUCCAGCAGCCGAUAAUCAAGGUGGCGGAGUGAGUGCAGGACUUACAUUCCAACACUCCCUGUCCUUGUGUGUGAGUGAGCGUGCAAGUGUGUUGCAGGGGGAGUGCAAAUCGGAUCAUUUCUUUUUUUUGUUCCCUUUAUAAUGUCUUAAUGAAUAUUAACAGCUGCUUCAGUUCUAUGUAUUGUGAGCCCCCCCCUCUCCCCAAAAUUAUGACUUCAAUUUGUAAGCGGGGUGAUUUCAAGGUACAACUGAGAGUUUGUGGGGUUUUUUGGAUGACAUUUUUUUUGCCUUUUUUUUUUUUUCUUACUUGAUAUGGAAAAGCUGCUCUAGAACCCCCCCAAGUCUGUAGGAAAUCUGGGGGGCUGCAAAGAAAUAUAGAAUUUUUUUUUUUUUUUGAAAAAAAAAAUCACUUUAAAAAAAAACAAACAAAAAAAAAAUCCUUUUCUCAUCUACCUCAGUGUUCUCGUACAGUGUUGCCCCACAGGACUUGAUACUGUAUGUUGCACUUCAGUAACCCCCGUGCCCCUACUUUUGGAAUAUGGGUUUAAAAAAUGCUGAAAAAAUAGACAUUUCAGGUAAUGGGAUGAAAAUAUGUAAAAAUAACCCCACUCCAUUUUUUAAUAAGAAAAAAAAAGUCCCUUUCUUAAAGGCACAGGUUGCUGUUGACAAACAAUCUGGGCUUUUCGGCAUAUUUUUUAUAUAGACAGAUAUUUUGUGUAUGGGGUGGGGGGGCCUUCUGUUUUGCACAGGAGCAAUGGCGCCACCUGCUGUCUGACAGUUACUUGGGCACUGACCUGUUGACUACUGAUCUGCCUGUGUGUGUCCAUGUGUACGCGGGGUAUUAGAACUGCACGUUCACGUUUAAAUGUGUGACCAAUUAGAGAACGAACUGUGAUGCUGCUCUGAUUAAAGGAAAUGAAAAUCACUGGGGGGGGGCGGUUGUGGAUCAGAAUGCAGAAGAAGGGUCACCCUAAAUAGCUGUCUGCACUACCCAUGUACCCCUCAGUUCUAAUUAGGGAUGCAGUGAAUCCAGAAUUCAGUUCGGGAUUAGGCCUAAUCCUUCUGCCUGGCCCAACCGAAUCCUAAAUUGUAUAUGCAAAUAAUGAUUCAGUUUGGUAUUCAGCUGAACCCCUGAAUCCUUCAAAAAAGAUUUGGCCCGAAUACCGUACCGCUUCCUAAUUUGCAUAUGGGGAAAGGGAAAUCGCAUGCUUUUUUGGCACAAAACAAGGAAGUAAAAAAUGUUUUCCCCUUCCCACCCCUAAUUUGUAUAUACAAAUUAGGAUUUUGUUUGGUAUUCAGCUGAACCCCCGAAUCCUUCAAAUAAGACUGAAAACCGAACCGAUUCCCAAUUUGCAUAUUCUUAAUUAGGGCUGAGAAGAGGAACUAGGGAUUCUGUGCAUCCCUACAUCUAAUUACACUUUUAUAUCGAAAGGGAUGGAAAUGUCCAGUUCGUGGGUCAGGCCCAAACAUGGGGUACAUUCCAUUGGGGGGUCCUGUUAGUGCUGUGGCGGGGGGGGGGGGGCUGCUUCUCCCCUUUAUUUUUCAGGGGGAGAAAAGUAAAGUUAAAAUGAAAUGAGCCGGCCUAUCAGAGCUUUGCCCUGUAAUAUAUGUUUUACGCCAGGACUGGCGGGGGGAUGGGCAGCCCAUUUUAAUCUUAAAGACAAUCCACAAUUUAUGGGGGGGGGUUCUUUUAAAUACCCCUGUCACCCCCCCACACAGAGGAGUGAAAAAAGAGAGAAGAAAAAAUGUGUGUAUGGGGGGACCCCCAUUUAUUUAAUCUGUCUACGUGACUAGACUGGCUCUGUUAAUGUGAGCACAGACCUGUGCUUCUGUAUGAAAGGGGAAACGGGGGGGUUAAAUGAAAAGAGAAAUAAAGUGGGGGGGGCUUUUUGUGUAUAAUAAAACAAAUACAGCUUGUUGCACAUUGUGUAAGUGGAUCUGCCACAAUUUAAUGUCAUAAUAUUUAUGAUGUGAAUAUUCUGUGUUCAUCUCAAGGGUUUCAAGCCACUCCCACUUUUUAUUAAAGGGGAACUUCAUUUUUGUU